AUGGAUUACCCCAUAAGUUACAGCCCGUCACCGAUUGACACGGACAUCGUGAGCUUCUGUUUCCAAGGUCCUGCGCUCCCUGACGACUGUCCGGUAUUCGUCGACGGAGUGACACCGUCACGGUCGCUGAAUAUCAGUCAGUUCCAGCACCUAGUCUGCACUCUCAUUGCUGGGCUCCGUGCUCAGAAGGUCCAGCGCGGACAGUGUGUGUUGGUCCACCUGGACAACAGUAUUCUCAGCCCGGCGCUGUUCCUCGCUAUUGUGGGCGCCGGGGGGGUGUAUAUGGGAGCCAACCCGGCCAGUUCAGUCGAUGAGCUCAAACAUCUCCUUGCGUUGGCGGAACCCAGAUUGAUUGUCACACGCCGCGACACUCUUUCAACAGUCCUGGCCAGCGCUACAGUCAGAGGUCUGAAGCCUGAGCAGGUAUGUGUGCUGGAUGACAUAGACCAUAUUAUCGACCGAGUCUUCGAAGGAUCCCAGUGGCAGACAACACACGAGCGGUUGAAACCGGUACAAGAUGCAUCCAGUCCGCUAAAUUUUACCAACCUAGUCCGCUGUGGACAACGUAGCUGGAUUUCCUUUGCCGAUGCAGAGAGAGCCAAAACCACCACAGCAGCCAUGUUCCUUACCAGUGGCACAAGUGGGCUUCCGAAAGCGGCUAUUUUAACCCACCAGGCCCUCAUCCUCCAGCACAUGAGUGUAUAUUGUCCAGUGCCGUAUCCCGUAACGCGACUCCUUGCAAUGCCACUGUUCCAUCGGUACGGUGCGCUCUGGGCGCAUUUUUUUCCCGUCCGCUAUGCCCAACCCUUGGUACUCCUGCCGCAGUUCCAACUGGCACCUUUUCUGGACGCCGUCCGCAGACAUUGCGUUACCGAAACACAUCUCUCGCCUUGGAUGGUGCAUGUCCUGAUUCAGUCCUCUUCCUCCAUGCCGAUCCGCGAGUCACUACAGUCCUUGCGCUAUGUCUGCGUUGGAGGUGCCCCGAUUGAUAAACGCCCGCUACAACUGUUACAGGAUAUGCUGCAUCCUGACGCCUGCGUGGCGCAGGAAUGGGGUAUGACCGAGACAGGAACUGUUAUCCAUGACCACUACUGCAAGCCGUACGAGCAGUACGACAAGGAGAGUAUUGGCUGUGUCGUGCCCGGUUAUGAAGCGCGACUGGUGAGCCUGGACAGUGGAGAUGUCAUCCAAAGCGACGAAACCAUAGGUGAACUGCAUGUUCGAGGCCCCGGACUUUUCCUGGGUUACAAAGGAUGCAGUGAUAGCCCCAAAGACAGCGAUGGGUGGCUUCCCACUGGGGAUGUGCUAUAUGUGAAAAAAGAGCACUAUUUUCUUGUUGGUCGGGUAAAGGAACUGAUCAAAGUACGCGGGUACCAAGUAGCCCCCGUUGAACUCGAAACACAGCUCAUCAGCCAUUCUCUAAUUAAGGAUGUAGCUGUCAUCGGUAUUACUGCAUCAGACCGUAGUACCGAGCUUCCCCGUGCGUACGUAGUUCCCAUCUCUUGGGCUCAGAGACCCAGCGCAGAAGAUAUCUACGGGUUUUUGCGGCGGCGAACGGCUAGUUAUAAAGCGCUGGACGGUGGUAUAGUUUUUGUCGACUGGAUUCCGCGGACGUCCAGUGGCAAGAUCCGCAGGCAGAGGUUAUUAGAGUUGGAUGCGCAGAGGGAGAAUUUGGUACGGCUUCUCUCAUAA